GCAGGCUUUAGAAUUAGUUUAAUUAAUAUGUUAUUCUGACCCAUUUUAGGACCUCCUGGAGUUAAAAAAUAAAACACUGCCCACCAGCAUCCCAGGAGAGCCAUCGGUGGUGGGAGAAUAAUCUUUUGAACAGUGGGACCAGGAUUGCCCAGGUGGAUUGUUAACUUUGCCUCCCAAGGAGGGCAGCCACACCACUAGUUAAUGGUUAAUCUUAAUGGGGUAAAAGAACAAACUCUGGGGAAUGUUGGAGGAGGGGAAUCUUCUUUCCUGUGACUUCUUGGUAACUCCCUGGUCUUUCCUCAUCACCACUCACUCUUCCCAGAACUCGUCAGGCAGUGCUGGAUGAUGCCGGCAGCCUCCUCCACCCUCUCCCUCCUCCUUCCUGUUGGAGACCUGUCUGCCUCCUGCGCGUGUGUAUUCUGCCUAUUCUUCCCUCCACACUCAGCAGGAACAGGUGGAAACAAGAAAGAUUGUGACUCGUAGCCCACGGAAGGGAUUGAGGAUUUCCAGGACACAGGAGGCGGACAAAGGCUUGCUAAUGUGGGAAAAAGGUCACUGCUGGAGAGGAAAGACCCGGGGAAGAAGCCUUGUCUCUGGCCAAAAGGAAAACGUCGUUAAAAGAAAAAGAGCCUAAAAUGGGUCUGCUGAGUUCUAAAAACCCUAAAGCCAAGCAAGCCCAAAUUCUUCUUCUGGGACUGGACUCUGCUGGGAAGUCUACUCUCCUUUAUAAACUAAAGCUUGCUAAGGAUAUUGUGACCGUCCCAACAAUAGGUUUCAACGUCGAGAUGCUUGAGUUGGAAAAGAGUCUUUCCCUCACGGUCUGGGAUGUUGGAGGACAGGACGGAAUGAGAAGCGUGUGGGGCUGUUACUGUGAGCACACCGAUGGGCUGGUGUACGUGGUGGACAGUACCGACAAACGGCGGCUAGAAGACUCCAGGAGAGAGUUUGAGCACAUUUUGAAGAAUGAACACAUGAAAAAUGUGCCUGUUGUCCUAUUAGUCAACAAACAAGAUGUGCCUGGUGCUCUGACUGCCGAGGACAUCACCAGAAUAUUCAAAGUGAAGAAGCUCUGCUGUAACCGGAACUGGUAUGUGCAGCCAUGCUGUGCCAUCACCGGGGACGGGCUGACCGAGGGGCUCAGGAAGUUAGCUGAAUUUGUGAAAAGCCACAUGAAAUCAAGAGACACUUUAGCAUUCUUUAGGCAGAACUGAGGUCCAUGCAAUGAAAGAGACAUUGAUGGAGUUGAAAGGGUAAUUUUUUUUCCGUGCCAGGUGAGAAAGUUGCUGAGAUGAAAAGUUUUUCCUGAGAUGUUAUUUCACCUACAUUCAGUUAAACAACUCAGAAUAAUAUUGAUGAAAUAUUAUUUUUGACCAGGCACUUUAGCAAGCUAUGUGGUAAUGAUGAUUGAGAAUUAAAACUUUAAUAUUUUGUGCAUGUUGGAUGGUUCAGAAUAAUCACAUUUGGAACCAAAUAAAUUAUUGCCUUAUUUUACUUUUAUAUGACUACUAGGACAUUUUAAGUUUAACUGCUAACAGGGUCACAAUCCUUUCAAAUUGUUUUCGGCUGUUACAUGUAUUCAAUGUCUAUCACACUCCUGUGUAAUAGCUGGGUGGUGAAAAAAAAUGAACUUUAAGUUAUGGAGAGGAAAAAGUUCGAUGUUAACCACUUUGGAAAUCCCUAUCUAUCCCCUAUAUAAAGUUUUUCUUCUGGGUUCCUGCCAGCCUUUUGAACUCUAUUGCUGGGAACUUCCUACAAUGAAUCAAACAAUGAACUCCAGGCUGUUAGUUGCCCAAAGUCUGGACGGGGAGCAGAGGUUUGUAUCUUCAAGCUCUGGGGAAGGGUAGCACCUUAGAGUUUGGGGAAAGGUCUGGGCUUACCGCUCAGCUGGAGGCUGCAGCCCCGAGACCAGCUUCAGUAAAAUUCAAUACAACAGUCAUUACCUGGGAACUAUGUACAGCUCACUGGACUGAUCUAACAGGAAGCAGAGUUAGACUUUCCUCUCAGGGACCUUGCAGGGCACAGGGUUUGGAAACAAUACAAAGCUAGUAGUUAGAAGAGGGCAGUAAGUGCUGUGUGUUAUAACAGAGAGACUCUUCCUGACCUGGAAAAAGAGAAGAUGCUUUAUGUAAGAGAUGGUGUUGAAGAGGGUCCUCAACUUCCCAUGAAGGUACAGGUUAGUCACUGGGAGUCCCAUCACUAUGAGGCUCUCCAGAAACGCUGUGGGGGAGGAUAGGGGAGGGAAGCAGGAGAGAAGGAACUAGAGAUUGAAUUGGAAUUCCCCUGAGAGGCUCAGAACUCCAGGGAGGCCCUGGUACUAACUCUUUCCUACCACACUUCUUCCAAACAAGGCUCAUUUGGGCGAGAAGCAGGUUUCAAGCCUCCACAGCAGCCCCUGACACUCCACAUCUUAAGGUCACAGAGGCAAAUAAAGGAAUCAUAAACCACGGGUGCCAGCCGCUGGAUUCCAUUCAUUGUUCUCUUCUCUCAUCUUAGCCAUGAUUUGUUCAGCAAAGAUCGGAGUAGCUACUUCUAUGCUACAUGGUAGAGAUUCAAAUAAUAAAGUAGAUACACACAUAAUAAUGUUUACCGUUGGUUGAAUACUUGUGUGCCAGGUGUGCUAAACAUUUUCAUACAUCUUCUCAUUUAAAGUUCACAACUGCCUUGAGAGAAAUGGGCAUUAUUUUCUCAAUUUUAUAGGUGAGAGUUCUGAGACCAAAUAAGGUUAAACAAGA